UGGAAACCUUAGUUCAAAGUAUUCAAUAUGGCUAGUGAUUCUUAUUCCGUACAACUUACCCCCUGGAUUUGCAUGAAACAAACCAACUUUAUUCUCUCUAUGAUUAUUCCCGGCCCUAAAAUGCCUGGCAAUGACAUAGAUGUCUACCUACAACCCCUCAUCCAUGAGUUGAAGCAGUUGUGGGCCGGUGUUGAUACGUACGACGCCUCUGAGAAGAAAACAUUUAAGAUGCGUGCUGCUUUGAUGUGGACUAUCAGCGACUUUCCUGGAUUAGGCAAUUUAUCUGGCUGGAAUACGUACGGCGGGAGAGCUUGCCCCACGUGCAAUUUGGACGCCGAUCCGAGGCGACUCACCUUCAGUCAGAAAUGGUGUUUCAUGGGUCAUCGUCGCUUCUUGAAUCACGAUCACAGAUAUAGACAGGACCGGAUUAGAUUUGAUGGAAAUGUAGAGGAUAGAUCCCCGCCUGUCAAAUUGACUGGCAGGGAUAUCUUGAGACAGUUGGAGGGUGUGCCAGUCACACACGGCAAGGUGGGCGCGGUGGGCGGUAAAAGAAGGCGCGGACAGCAGACCGUGGUUCAAGACGAGUCUCCCUGGAAAAAGAGGAGUAUAUUUUUUGAUCUCCCAUACUGGGAGAACAACGAAAUACGCCACAACCUUGACGUGAUGCACAUAGAGAAGAAUGUGUGCGACAACAUCGUCUUCACCAUGUUAAACGAGAGUGGAAAGUCCAAAGACCACCUAAAGGCUCGAAAAGAUCUCCAGUUGAUGGGAAUCAGGCAUGAUAUGUGGCCACUUGAAGGUGGAAAGUAUCCUUCUGCAAUCUUUACCAUGUCUAAUCCACAGAAGGAUGUCUUUCUUCGGACCAUCAAGAAUGUGGUCUUCCCAGACGGGUACUCCAGCAACAUCUCUCGUUGUGUUGAUUUAAAACAGCGCAAGUUAUCGGGUUUGAAGAGUCAUGACUGCCACAUUCUAAUGGAGCAUCUAAUUCCAAUUGCGUCAAGACACACAUUGCCCACCCAAGUGUCCGCCGUCUUGGCUCAGUUAUCAGCCUUUUUUCGACUACUAUGCAGCAAAUCCAUAGAUCCUCAUCAACUCCCUAUCCUUCAGGAUCGUGUGGUCCACACACUAUGCCACAUGGAGAUGAUAUUUCCACCAUCCUUUUUCACAGUCAUGGUUCAUCUAACGGUUCAUUUGGUCGAGGAGGCACGCCUCGGUGGCCCAGUGCAUUACCGGUGGAUGUACCCAAUUGAGAGGUACCUAUGUCGUCUCAAGCAGUACGUGCGUAAUAGGGCACAACCGGAGGGAUCUAUUGCAGAGGGCUACCUGUCAGAAGAGAUUCUCACAUUCUGUUCAAGAUAUCUAGAUAAUGUCGAGACUAGGAUCAACCGACCGACGCGGGUUGACGAUCGGCUGAAUGAUGCCCUGCCCAGUGAGGUUUCUAGCAUGUUCCCAGUAGUUGGAAAGGCGGCCGGGGCUGCUUCAUAUUUUACUUUGACAGCCACUGAGAUCCUUCAAGCACAUCGUCAUGUACUGGUCAAUUGCCUUGCUGUUGAGAAAUUUUUGGAGGAGUACAGAGCCAUCACAAAGAGAAAACUGCGAAGUAGAACGAGGUCCCAGGCUCACAUAGAUAGUGUGGUGCACAGAGAAUUCCCCAACUGGUUCAGGCAUGAGGUCCCAUUCGGAAGCACCAGUCAUUCGAACGAGUUGCAGUGGCUUGCCUGUGGGCCCCGUGCUCAGGCCAGACGCUUUCAAGCUUACAACGUCAAUGGAUUUAAAUUUAGAUCCGUCUCAAGGGAUGAAGGGCUGAAAACACAAAAUAGCGGGGUUUAUGUCACUUCAGAUACCCGGAGUUAUGCAAGCAAACGGGAUCUCAAUGUUGCCGUUGGCGGUGUCUCGUACUACGGGAGAUUAGUAGACAUCAUCGAGCUAAAUUAUAGUGGUCAGUUCAAUGUAGUCUUGUUCAAAUGUCUCUGGGCAGACACCACGUCGGGCAGAGGCAUACGACAAGACGAGUUGGGUCAUACCUGUGUCAAUUUUGCCAAUCCGAUUCACACCGGUGAUCGAGAAGACGAUGAGCCGUACAUCCUAGCAUCUGAGGCGCGUCUUGUGUUCUACGUGGAGGAUGAGGUGGACAACGGGUGGAGUGUAGUAGUCCAUGUGAUGCCAAGAGAUUUGUUUGACAUGGGCGAAGAUUAUGAACAUUGUGAAGUCGACUUUCAUCCCCAGUUGUGUAUGACUAGCUUGCCUGAAUUUGAUGUCGAAGGCUUGCGGUUGACAAGAGAUGAGAUUUUAGAGGAGUCCACAAAUGACGUGGUUGAGGAUUGUGAUGAGGCCGCCUCAUAUAAAGAUAUCUAGAUUGAGGAAAUUGGAGAGUCGAGACUUCUAUCCCAUUACCACAAGCCGUUUGUUCGCAGAGAAGAUGAUAGAGGCGUCUCCAUUCCCUUCGUUGGACCACGCAACAUCCUUUGCAAGGCAGUUGUGGUUCAAAGAGUCGAGUAUACAGUCAUGGCUGGAUGCCUUUUCUGGGCAAAGUCACCUCUUUCGAGCCAUUAGUCAUGCGCCGGGUUCUCUGAUGAGGGAAUUGCAUCAAUGGGACCGAAAGUACCGGGCUAAAUUUGGGUUUGAGUUUAGAACAAGUACGGAAUUGUGGUUCUCACAGAAAAUACUUGACGAGGCGAAGACACGAUAUGAAAAUACUCUGGUCGUUGAACUGGAUGUUGCAUCACGGGAGGAAUUCAAGCUCAUAGAACAUGGCCUUGAACGACUAUGGGACAGGUUAUCUCGUCCAAAGAUCCAAGAGGCAUCCGAAGAACCAGGAGAGGUGGUUCCAGAUUCGAU